AUCGCUCGAACGCCAUGCUGCAACGAGUAUUGUUCAUUGCAGCGAGCGUUUUAUCGCUUGCCACUGCAGAAUGGGUCGGCUAUGACCCACCAUCAAUUUAUUCCAAGUCGACACAAUAUACCGUCAAGAUCAAUGGCACGGAGGCCAAAACGAUCGACCACCUCGAUGCAGGCCACGAUUACGUUCAGUUGUCCAUGACUGAAGGAUAUCCAACUGAAUUUCGAAUCGGAAUCGCGUCCGGCGCGAAGGUCACAGAUUCCGUUGUCUCGCCGCUUCAACUACCCAUCAAGUCGCGCGUGGAGGACAAUGAACUGGUUUUUUCCAUAGAGAAGGUACACUACUUGAUCAUCAAGUUGAACAAACUCAAGGAAAUCGUCGUCAUGAUAGACCGCUUGGAGGCCGAUGCACCACCCUCCAAAGGCAACGGGAUCUUCAAUGUCUUGGACCAUGGCGCGGACAACACUGGGAAGGCAAUCACCAAAGGAAUACAAGACACUCUCGAUGCCGCUGGAAAGGAACCAGGCAGUACAGUCUAUGUUCCAAAAGGACUAUACCUCAUCGGAAAUCUUGUGAUCCCAUCUCAAACCUCCCUAUACCUCGCCGGCGGCUCUGUUCUCCGCAUGACAGGCAAGAAAGCCGACUACAAAGUGCUCUACACCAAGUCCGACCUCGGCGACGGCACAUGGUGGAUCUCGACGGCGUUCGACUCAAAAGACAUCAAGAUCUACGGCCGCGGCACCAUUGACGGCAACGCCGCUCCCCUCAUCGAGGACAAACUCAUCGCUUCAAUGGUCGCGCCGGUCGGCACUACAAAUUUCGUCAUGGACGGCGUCCUCGUGCGCGAUAGCUCCUUCUGGGCCGUGAUCCCUACGCAGGUCACCGGUGCGAAACUCACAAACAUCAAGAUCCUGGAUAGUAUUUAUGGGAAGCAGAACGAUGGGAUUGAUGUUGUGGAGUCGACCAAUGUCAAGGUGUGGCGCGCGAUUGCGGUUGCGAACGAUGAUAGCUUCUCGACCAAGACGUGGUUGGAGAAGGAAGGGACUACUGUUCCGUAUCCCUAUAAACCGCAACCGCUCCGGGAUGUUUCUUUUGAUCAGUGCUUUGCCUGGACGCGCUGCUAUGGGUAUAAAGUUGGACAAGGCGUUUACUCUGAUCAGGAUAAUGUCGUGUUCAAGGACAGUGUGGUAUACUACGCCGGCGUUGGUCUUGGUAUCCAUCAUAAAUUCGGCAACAGUACUGCGCGGAACAUCAGUUUCGUGAACAUUGAUAUCGAGUCGCUGGGUGGCGAGCCAGGCGGUACAGGCGCGUGGUUGGCGUUGUUUGUGCAGAAUGUCAAGAAAGGGGUUGGGCCUGUCAAGGAUGUGCUAGUCAAGAAUAUCAAGGCGAGGGCGUUCGGAAAGUACCAGGGGAAGAUUGCGGGGUUCGAUGAAAGUAGCUAUGUUGAUGGGGUUACGCUGGAAAAAGUGUACAUGUUGGAAAACAAGACGGCGGCCAAGAGCUUGGAUGAGAUGAACAUUGGGUACAAACAGUUUUCGAAGAAUGUGAAGAUUGUGGAUUAG